GUGAGGCAGCGUCUGGGACAGAGAGAGCAAGCAGAGAGAGACAAAGGAAGGCAGAGGAAAGAGAGGAUAGGAAGAAGAGAGAGCAGCAUCAAAACUCAUUUGCACUGGCAUUCUGUCUUGGCAUACUGUGCUGCUCCCUUACUUUUACCUGCUCCUCCUGGCACCUUUAUUUUCAAUCCUGCUGCCCCCUAAUACUUGUCUUCCAUAUCUUUCUCACCCCGCAUGCCCUACAUUCCUCUGCACACACUAUUCAUGCUGAGAGCCCUGUUGCCCUCUGUAACGUGCUACCCAUCUGUUUCCUAUUCCCCCUUGAUUAGUCUGGACCCCCUCCACUCUCCCGUGUCCUGCUUUGCCCUCCUGCAGCAUUGACUCUCCCCCCCCUCCUCCUUCUGAACAUUCUACAUAUCGUGCUACUGACUAGUGAAGACAGUAUGGCUAUCGUGUAGCAACUUUUUGUAACAAGUCUCAGGAUGGUGCAGCACAAGACGGUGGUGGGCAACCAAAAAACUCCAGAUGCUGCCCCCGGGGGGCCCAGUUGGUGUAAGACCCCCAGUGGUCACAUAAAACGUCCAAUGAAUGCCUUCAUGGUAUGGUCUCAGAUUGAAAGGCGGAAGCUGAUGUCUCUGUGUCCCAACAUGCACAACGCCGACAUCUCUCGCAGUCUUGGCCAGCGCUGGAAGUUACUAGAGGACACUGACAAAAUUCCAUACGUCCGUGAAGCUGAGCGUCUGAGGCUCAAACACAUGGCUGACUAUCCAAACUACAAAUACCGUCCACGCCGACGCACACGGGACCCAACUGGCAGAACUCGUGCCAGGCUGCCCCGUACCACGUCUAGGUGCCAGCCUGCUCGCACGCCAUGCCAAUCGGAAGUGAAUUUGGGAUCCGGCAUGCACUGGGGAGAGGACAACCCCGGGUGGGGGGGGCACAAAGUUGGCCAAUCAGAAGAGACGCAGGUUCGGGAGUCAUCAGCACGCAGCCCAGAGUUGCCCCCCUACUCGUCUGCCCAGCCUACCCAUGCCCAUUCGUUACCAUCCUCCCCAGAGCCGGUCAAAGAAGACGAAGGUUUGGAGGAAAAGCUGCCAGGACUUUGCGUCCCCUUGGACAGGGAGUUACUGCCCCAUACUGGAUCCCAUUUCGAGUUUCCCGAUCACUGCACACCUGAGGUGGUGGAGAUGAUCUCUGGUAACGGUCUGCUGGACAGCGUGUCUGAUCUCGUCUUCUCCUACUGACCUAUCGAGAGAUCUCCAAAGCUCCGGCAGCAGGUAACACUCUGUGGAACUGCCCACAUUCCCCACCAACUAAUGACACGGUUGGUGUCACAAAGCCUUUUUUCUCUGCAGUCACUCCGAACCAACUUUGUUGUCUAUAUGAGAUACUGUGUCUCAGAAGAUUCUGAUGUUCCUCAGGGUGCUGUCUCUUUUCGGAUGCUGUCUCUCUGAGCACUCUCACUUCUGUUCCUCAAGGUGCAAUUUGCUGUCUUUAACUCUUGCUGUCUCUUCGAUCCCUUUCGGAAUGCUGUGUCGUGCACUCUCCUUGCAAUUCCAGUUCUGGCUGUCAAAUCAGAGUGCUCUUCUACUCUAUAGCUAACCAGGGCACUCUCUCUUGUGCUGAUUGUCUGUCUUAUUAUUCAACUCACUCGUCUCUUUGGCACACAGACAGACAGACACAUGCCAUCACACAUACUGCAUGUUACAUGGUAUGUCUGUCAGUGAACCUCGCCCCAAAUCCCAAAUUUAUAGGGGCCAAUUGUGAUCCCUGGAGUCCAUCCGGAGACAGAAAGCUCCAAUCCAGGUUCACAAGAGGCAGGGGCCACGAAACCUUCAAUAAACCUCAGGAGAAGACCCUUCAGCUUCCCCUUCCUCCACCACCACUGUAUAUCCUCAGGAGCUCUCAGGAAGUCUAAAUGACCUCAAAUCCCCCCAUAUAGAAGGGAUUGGAUAAGCCACUAUUCCACACCACUGAACCUCAUCACUGUCUGUAUAUGCUAAGCUCUGUCUGGCUUUGUGUCUCUCACCAGCU